AUGGUCUCUACUGGCAGCGAAGAUGGAGAGUACGGUGAGGCAAGAGACGAGUUCGAAAUCGCCGCGGAAGAAACCGAGAAGAACACCACCUACGCCCCAGGGGACCGAGAAGCCGCCAGAGACGCAUUAAAUAAGCUAGCGGAAGCAUACAAGGCCGUGGUGGAAGGGCCGGAUACGGAACUAGGUGAGGAGAUCAAACGGCGGAUAGGCCAGCGGAUACGUGAAUUGGACAACGCGGUGGGGAACUUGGAGAAGUAUGCGCAGAAUCAAGAUUAGUCGAGUGCCUGCUCGUAAAGUCUGGUUCGCGGGAGGUGUCCGUGGAAGGGUCGGCGUCUUGGACAUGCUGGGGAAUUGAAUUGGAUCUCGUACUGUUUUAAUAAAGUCCGAUCACGGCAAUGGUUCGCAUCUGACUUCAAAAGUUGGUGUAGAGAGCAGCGGGUCCCGAGGAAUGUGCUUGUGUAUGUGGGCCGGAAGCUCGAAUGUUCUGCUAUAAAGGAGCAGCACAGUGACGAUUCAUGUUGCUCGCUGUACAGGUACUUUCAAUAGAUCCGAGGGCUGUUCAAUUACAACUCUUCCUUCUCCUCCUUC